AUGUCCACCUCGACGUUCUCGUCGGCGCACAGGCUUUAUGUCAAGUCUCUUUAUAGACGAUACCUCCAAAACUCUUUAGAUUGGACUAUUAGACGCGAUCUCUGGCGUCCACAAGCUCUCCAAAUCAGAGCAGAGUUUGAGCGGAACCGGAAUGUGCACGACCCUCGGGCGUUGGCAGAGAUUCUGGAGAAAGCUGAGGCCCAUCUCGCAAAUAUGAAGCACCCCGAUCCUUAUAUUCCACCCACUGCGCCAGGAGGCACCAAGUGGGAGCGGAACACACCG